CGUAUCAAACGGAAGUAAAAAUGACCAAUGGAUGUUGAGUAUAUGUGGAGUGACUGUCGUUCUGAGCAAUCGUAUUACAGUUUGACAUAUUCUUGUGGGAGUGACCGAGCGUAACCCGGAAAAAGUUUUACAAACUGUUUACUUUCUCAAAAGGCAGAGACGUUGUGCUUCUUGGCGAGGAAUGGACGCCACUCAAGUCAUCAACGACUCCGUCUUCGAGCCAGACGAGGAGGAAAAUGAAGAAGAAAAGACAGACAAGGGGCGUCAACCUUUAGCCAAGCUGUGCAUCUUGAAGAAUGACUACGUUCCUGAAACAGAAUUUCCUCUUUUUAUCGGGGAUAACGUGCUUGGUCGUGACAUUGACACCUGCACGCUGCCCCUGCUGGCGCCCUGCGUGUCCAAACAGCACGCCACUAUCUGCAUCACCGUCCACCGCAGACGAGGAUCCCGCAGCGGUGCGGAUGUGGAGGCUUUGGUUUGGGACUUGGGCAGCAUGAAUGGCACCCGCAAGGGCCGCCUGAAGUUGACUCCCAACGUUCGUUACGCACUGAGCGAGGGAGACCGUCUGGUGAUGGCAGACAUCCCUUGUCAGUACGUAGGCGUCACCGACGCACUCGAGGACGUCGGGAGCGGAACGUCAAGUGUUUGUUCCAGUUUUCUCGGUGAUUCUGUAAAGGAGAGCGAUAGCAUCAAUGUGAGUGCCAGCAAGGUGCCGCCUCUGGGUGAAGCAAAGAAGCCUGCACCGAGCAGGUGUCUGUCCUUUGAGGCCACUUCAGUCCACCCGCACGGGCCAGUGGUCCCAGACUUCGACUCAUACUCUGAUGGGGAGAAGCCAAGGGGCAGAGAGCUCAGAUGCAAGCUUCUAGGGUCUGAUUCUAACUCAAAUAAUGCGACCCUUACCUGUUCAACCUCUAUUAGCCCGGCCAACAAGAUAUUCCCAGAAAGUUCCGACUGUGGGGAUUUAAGCCACAUUACACCAAACGCAUCUACCAGAGAGAAGCCGCACGAACAUGUCAGCUUCAGCAAAAAAGAGCCUGACGUGGAUGUUGGGGGACAGUACAAAAACAACAUGCUUGAAAUCGUGGAUGACAGUGAUGAGGAGGAGGCAGGCGCAGUUGAAAAUGGGCAGACACUGGGUAGGGCCAUGCUCAAGGAGGAGGAACACACUGUGCCAGAACAGCUGAAAAGCAAGGCCAGCUUUACUGAGGAGUCGUCGCAAAUGUCCACAACCACCGUCUCCACACUUGGCAUCCCUAAAUUUAACAUGGACAGCGACACUGACAUAGAGGCGGAACCGGUUGAAGACCAGAGGCCUAGCGCAGUGUGCUUUCACAUGGACAGUGAUACAGAUUUGGAUGAAGAGGAUGACACAACUCCACCUCCCGUACACCCCGACGGGCCUGUCAGUCACAUGUCAGCCGAUGCUAAAAAAGUUGAUGCGACCCCUCCAGUCCCGCUAGAUGACGUCCAGCUUGACAGCAGCAGAGAGCUGGACAUGGAGGCUAGCGGCACAUCCUGUGAUGCGACACCUUCCAGACUCAACUUGAUUGGGGACAUUUCGAAAUCAGAUGACAACCAGGCCCCCGUUUUCAGUACACAUGUGAGUGUCAGUGACUCAGCCACGCAAUCAAAUGACAGCAGUGCGGUGCGUGAUCCUCCUCACUUGUCACCUGUCACCACCGCACCCUCCUCGGUUACUCCUGGUAUCACCGCAGCAGCUGCUCAGUCGGUCUCUGAUGCAGACACCAACAUGGAUGAGUCCAAUGUGGCCUCUGCUGACCAGGACAGUGAUACAGAUCUUGAAGAAGAGAAGAAUCCAAUAAUUCUUCCAGGGAUAAAACCAUCUUGUUUGAAGGGUCCACAUCUGCAGCAUACCUCUACCCCUGUGCAAUUAUCAGGUGGAUUCAACAGUCCAGUAAGAUCUUCAGCCUUGUUUCCAUGCUCAAACAGCCAGGAGGAAGAGGACUUUAUUGUUGCUGAAACACAGUCCUUUAUCCUUCAUACUCAAGGGGAGGUACAAAGUGGGAUCCAUGAUGCCAUACAAGCCUCAGUGCAUGAAUCAUCAAUCAAGGAUAUGGAAGAGCUGCCUAGCCGAGGAGCGUCUUUUCAAUUGGGGUUGUCUGACAGCAGCCACCUGGAGAGUGCAGGUCAGUCUCUGGCUGUGGAGCGCACCCAGGCCUUUGGCUCUGUGACUGAGGCUGAUACCCAAGCAUUUGCAGAUAUUUCCAGCUCAGGCACAGGAUCACUUGGGAAGGAUUUAAACAUGGAGGCCACCCAGGCCAAAAAGGCAUCUGCAAGGAGUCUUGUGUUGUUUGAGGGGGAGCAGGGAAAUUUGGCUUUACAAGAGACACAGCCUUAUAUUUCAGAGCCUUACAGUGAGUCUGAAGAAGACCCAGAAGAAGAUAUAGAGACCCAACCUUUUCCCUUGUCCACCUCUUCUACCCUUGCUUUGGCUGAAACCAAACUCAUGACUGCAAUUCAGGAAGACGAGCACCCAAAUACAAACAGUCCUGUCGCCCAUCUUCAACCAAACCAGAUUGCUGAAGGAACAGAUUUGAGUACUUCCAGUUUGGCUGAUAACUGUCAUCAUACUAGUAUCGCUGCGACCCAACCUAUAGCUACCAAUGAAGAAAGUUAUGAGAACUUAAUUCCAAUCUUGCGUAAUGAGAAGGUACAUCUUAAUAAAAAGAAUCAACCAAAUAUGAAUUCCUACAAUUUGGCUGCUAAUCAUCAGCCUCCGAGUAUAGCUGUAACCAAGCCCAUGGCUACAACUAAAAAUGAGGAAAUUGAUACCAAAAACUUGAUUGAAGUCACAUGCGAAAGUAAAGUGCCGCUGAAUAAAGAGAGGCAACCCAGUAUGAGUGCUUGCGAUUUGCCUGUUGCAACCCAGCAUAUGAAUAUAGCUGCCACACAGCCUUUGGCUACAAGUGAGAAUGAAGAAAGCAAUGAUGAGGAUUUGGGUCCAGUCUUUUGUAAAAGAAAAUUACAGCAUGAUAAAGAGCCACAACCCAGAUCAAAUGCUUACAAUUUAGCUACUAAUCAUCAGUCUAUGAGUAUAGCUCCAACCCAGCCAAUGGCUGCAAGUGAAAGUGAAGAAACUGAUGUAGAAGACUCAAUUGGAGUACACGUGGAUACACGUAAAGUGCAGCUUGGUAAAGAGAUGCAAUCCAAAAGAAGUUCUAACGUUAUGGCCAUUACACCCCUUGCUGUUAGUAUACCUGAGACCCAGCCUCUUGCUACUAGUGCAAAUGAGGAAAGCAGUGAAGAGGACGACUCAAUGCCAGUCAUGUUCCAUAAAAGAAAAGCAAGGCCGCAACAAAUCAAUGAGGACUCACAGUCUCUGAGCAGUACUCUUAAAAUCCCAAAGGAACGUUUUAAUGAUAAAAGUCUUUUAAAGUACAGGGAUCAAGGCCAAGGGACCAGUAGGGAGCCUCCAUCAGUAACUUCAAUACAACCAGAUAAAGAGAAGAGUCAGCCUAAUCAUGACACCCCGCCUAAGUAUGACAAAGAUAAAUCCACUCUUGGUCAAGAGAAAAUAGAGACUCAGACAGUUGUGACUUCCAAAGUCUCUUCUGCUGCAACUCAGCUCGUGGACACAUCUGAAGAGGAAGAAGCUGACAGUGAGAUCUUGAUCCCUGGCCCAAGGAAAAGAAAAGCCAGACCACUGCAAAUUGAAGACGAGACACAGCCGCUUGUAUGUUCUCAAGCAGAGGAGACUGAGACCUCAGUAGUUGAACGAAAGCCAAUGAGCACUAGUGAACCUUCCCCACAGGCUCUACAAAAUCAGUCUAAGGUCAGAAACAGUACCACGAAACACUCAAGAGAAAUAUCACAACUCAGAGAAAAGGAGGAACGAAUAGUAAAAAGACAAGUGAUUGGCAAUAAAGCCAGAGGAAGGACAGGGAAGUGUAGGCCUGCUGGGACCAAGAGUGAGGACGAGGCCACGAGACACCAAACCAACAUUUUUGAGGUCCAAAAUAGGGAGCGAGAAAGACGACAAAAUGAAAUUACUCAGAAGGAAUCAAAAGAGAGAGAAGAACCAGAACAGUUGAAAGGGGCGGAGGAACAACAAGGAUGUGAGAAACUGGAAACAGAACGCAAAGAUAGACCGAAACAGGAUCGAGCAGACAAAGAGCUCCAACAAAGCAAAGAAGAAAUACCCCAAGCGACACAGAGAGGCCGAAGGGUAUCCAGAAGAACAAUCGCUGUUAGCCACACUCCAGAUCAAGAGGAUGUCCCAGCCAAGAGGACCAGAUCCCGCUCCAACUCCUCCAACUCUAUCAGCUCCGAGGUGUCCACUUCAAGCACUCAAGGGAGUAAGGGGCGAGGGCAAGGGGUGAAAAGGUCCAGCGGGCCUUACCAGGCACCCAUCACCCGGUGGCGGACUGUAGCAGCUGGUCUCACAGAACAAUCAGAGCAGGGGAGUUGCGAAGCUUCGCCCCCAGGAGUACUUCUGACAUCCACCUCAUCCAAUUCCAUUGCUUUGGAGAACUCCUGCAACAGCAGCCCCAUUUCUCAGAGAGUAAGAGGAACAAGACAAGGAAGAAGAGGAGCCAAAACAGAAUCCGUGCCCAAUUCUAUCACCCCUGCCUUCAUUCAGAAUCCUGCUCCUCAGCCUACACCACGAGGCAAGAGGGGCAGGAAGCCAGACCUGUUAACAACAAAGCUUUCUGAUGAAGAGGAGGAGAUGCCAGAGUCAAAACAGGCAGCUGCCACUAGAGGGAGGAGGCGAGCAAAUGUAAAAGAACCACUGAACAACUCCGCUGCUGAAUCUCCCCUGCCGAAAAGAAAUAGCAGGGCCAGAGUUCAGAAGACGGUAAAAAGUGAAACCUCUGAAACUCAAAUAGGUCCACCAACGAGGGAUGAAAGGGAGGUCCAAGGCAAGAGGGAACGAAGGAAGAGGGUGUUGGAGGCACAUGUGAAAGAUGAGAAUCCAACUCCGGUCCAAGCAAAAAGAAAAGCUGGUGCAUCCUGCACUAAGGAAGGCAGGAAUGCUAAAGAAUCUCCUCCUGCCACAGCCAUCCAGGAUGGAAAUGCAGAAUCUCUUGUUCCUGGUGAAAAUGCACAGACGACAAUCAGCAGCAAGAGGAAAACGCGAGAUUCUUCCGUGAAUUCUCACAGCUCCUCAUUACUGAGUCGUCGACCACAAGAUCUCAGCCCCUCUUACAAGGUGCUGUUCACGGGGGUGGUGGACGAUGCUGGGGAAAGAGUGCUGGCCCGUUUGGGAGGCACUUUGGCUAAUGGCAUCGGAGACAUGAACUGCCUUGUGACUGACAAGGUGCGCAGGACUGUCAAGUUUUUGUGCGCGGUGGCUAAAGGAAUCCCCAUUGUCAACACACACUGGCUGGCCAAGAGUGGUAAAGCCGGGAGCUUUCUUUCUCCUGAUGUCUUCAUCGUGAAAGAUCCAGAGCAGGAGAAACAGUUUGGUUUUUGCCUGCAGGAGUCUCUGAGGCUUGCCAGAAGCCAGCCUCUCUUACAGGGCUACGAGAUCCACGUCACCAAGUCGGUGAAGCCCGAGCCAGUCUACAUGAAGGACAUCAUUUCCUGCAGCGGAGCCACCUUUCUCCUGAAGAUGCCUUCUUCACACAAGCCUCACACCAUGGUGAUCUCCUGCACAGAGGACUGGCCGCUGUGCCGUACGGCCGUCUCGGCGUCACUCCCGGUUGUCUCAGCCGAGUUUAUCCUCUCUGGGAUCCUGCAGCAAAAACUGAACUUUGAAGCCCACAAGCUGUCCGGCCCGCCGCACCAACUGCAGCCUGCCGGCGGCAGACGACAGAGCAGGAGGAAGACGUAGCAACGUGGAAGGCCGUUUCACAGUAAUGACAUAGACACUUUUUAACAGAGAUCCUGCAGACUUUAUAUCAUCAGAGGCGUAACAAUUGUUAUUUCAUAGCGACCAGACUCAGCAUCUCAUCAGCAGAUGAUUAAGGUACUCACAAAUUGUCAGGGUCAUUCGGCUUUCUGGUGAAAUAUCAGGAUGAACUUGGAAUUUGAGUUUUGCCGUUUCGCUCCUUGCAAGGGAAAAUCAUGUUGGGCAAAAUUUGCUGAAGCGUUGACGAGUUGGGAACGUGCAUUCAAAAGUUAAGAGAAGGCAAAAAGUUCACCUGUAAAGGUUGUAGUGCAUUUUAAGAGUGGCCCAGUCGAAACAGCCGAUGAAAUUUUCAAGAGUGCCCAACCUUAGGCUACUUUUUUUCUCUCAAAUUCCAAAUCGCUAAUGAACAUUUUGUCAUCAAAAAUGCACAUUAGCGUUCGCCCAGGAAUAUUUUUGGUUUUCCAGUGUAACUGUGGCUCGCAAAUUCACAUGUACGUGUGGCUGGACAAAACCGUGUGGAGAGUCUCUGUCACCCAAGUUCACGUGGUCAGUCAGUGAAUGAGGCGCCAUUUUAAAUGUUAUUUUUUUUUACAUUUAUAGCCCAGCUCUUACAGGUAGUUUGAAAGGGGCUAAUGACUCAGCUUGACCAGGCAACUUUAUCCCCCACCAUGCACUUGUUGGCGUCAUCGGUAGAUGCCUCCUUCAAUAGGUUGCCAUGUACUUACAGUAAGUCCUUUUUAAACAAGCAGUAUUUAAACCGUGACGGAUAGGAAUAAUGACCCGUUAAUUAUCCCCGGCCGUCACCUCCUCCCCGCUCAGCCGAGCAGGAAUUAGCGGCGCAUUACGCGGCUUCGCUGUAAUCAGACGACGCGAAAGCGGCGAGUUGUGUAAAUUGUGUUUGCACGACAAAAUAUACAAAAAGAGGAAAAAAAUGUUUCUGGAACUCCCAUCAGAUGUUGAGCAGGCUAGAUGGUGCAGAGGCUCCUGUUUCCUGACAUCAGGAGUGCACGAGUGCCUUUCCUUUUUAUACACUUACGAUUAUGAACAUAGAUGAGUGUCCUCCCAUCUCCAUUAACCACCACCAAACGUUCCAUUAGGGCCUUAGCCCCGCCCCCCCUCCUGUUAGCUCCCCGGUCGAGAGUCGGCUUCAGUCUUUGUAAGAGUCACUUUUCAAUUUUCAUCAAUAUCUUAGGCGGUUUGUCCUGGCCACGCAAUCAGCCUGAAAGCGGGCGGAUGUGGCGGCAGCUCGCGUUCGUGAUGCGAUUCAGGUUCGUGUCACCAUCAUCGUUAUUAUCGGCAGCUGCCUUUAAAAAAAAAAAGAAAACAAAACAAAAAAAACAGAACAACUUCUAUUGGGGUCUAAGAAAUCUGUGCUUUGGCAUUGAAAUCUGUUUUCUGCUGCUUU